CUUCGCGCCGGCGUGGGUUCGUUGCCGCAGUAUCGCGCGUCUCCUCGCGCCGGUUGCUUCCUGUUUAGUCUUAUCUCGCGUGUACGCCGUACGCAAACGUUACCGUGAACCCCGCAGAUACGAGAAUGACCGUGAUGUGAAUUCCGCGGCGCGGUCACGGGGUGUUCUUCUCUAGGUAUAUCUUUCUCUCUGUCGCGCGCGCGUGAGAGAUACCGAUUUGUGCACCACGUUGUUCCCGGCUGAUCCAGCCGCAAAUCCAGGAGGAUGCGGCGCGUCGCGGCUCUGCUGGCCCUGCUCGCCUGCGUUUCGGCACCUGCCCACGGCCAAGAUGGUGAUCUUUACUUUUCGGUGAGCCCCGCGGAGCAUUCGGUUGUGGAAGGACUUCCGGUUCGCUUGAGAUGCGAGGCUCAGCCAAGCUCGCAUAUUAAAUAUAUGUGGAAGAUAGACGGACAGCCGCUUGCUCCUAGCCCGCGAAGGCAUCAGGUUGAAGGCGAUCUUUAUAUCACUCGAGUCAAUCGAAUCUUAGACAGCGGGAACUUCGUUUGCGUGGCCACACACGAAGAAACCGGCUAUUCGAUCGAGAGCUCGCCUGCAAAGAUUGACAUUCAAUGGAUCAGCGAGGCGAGCGUGCAACUGCAGCAGCCGAAAUUGCCGUCCGCGAUUCGCGUGGACAGCGAGGUCGAGCUCCGGUGUCACGUCGAUGGCUCCGGCGACAUGAAAUACGAGUGGUUCAAGAAUACAAUGAGCGUGGCACGAAGCGAUCGUGUCGAGAUCAAGAAGAAGAAAUUACAUAUACACAGAGCGAUCCCCGAGGACAGCGGCAUGUAUACCUGUCAGGCUAAGAACGAGGCGGGAUCUUCGCCGGUGACCGAGAGCUACCCGUUAAUCGUUUCCGGAAAUGAAACUGCGACGAUUAAGGUCGUUCCGAGAAACCUGAUCGUAAAGCGCGGCGAACCGGCCAUUUUUCAUUGCGUCUUCGAAGACGCCGACGAGGUGCAGUGGUUCUUUAAGGAAAUCGGCCCGCUGGAUUCCGACGAGGAGCGGAUGAUCUUCGAUAACAGUACACUCAUGAUACACUUCGCCGAUCAAAGGGACCAGGGAUUUUACUCCUGCCAUGGAAUAAGGGACGAGACCACGAUCAGUUAUACGGUCGAAUUACAAAUUGCCUAUUUAUUGAACUUUUCGAUGGCCGCCUUUGAACCAAAACUUCAAACUCAGUUGGCGAUUGUCGGCGAAGAUCAAGAAUUUCAAAUAAGUUGCCUAGAGCCCUUAGGGCUGCCUCCGCCCAAAGUUUUUUGGAGAGAUCCCACGGGACAUAUUAUAAGCGAUACCGGUCCCGUGCGCGUUCAAGAUAACACGCUCAUUAUCGCGAGGGCACGAAUGGGCGAGGACGACGGCAAUUAUACUUGUAUAGCCGAGAAUCUCGCUGGUGAUACGGAUAUAUCCGUCCAAAUAGUUAUAUCAACCCCACCAAGUAUAAUAAGCUCCCCAGAGUCGCUCAGCGUGAUGGAGGGUGAUUCCGUAAUGCUGACUUGUUCAUAUUCUGGAAUGGAACCGCCGGUGACACACGUGCACUGGUUGAAGGACGGGACGAAGCUGAAGGAAUCAGGCGGGCCAACAAGAUACCGCGUGACCGAUAACCACGGCAAUGUUACGCUACAUUUCAAGAACGUUGACCUGUCCGAUAAAGGGCACUACAUGUGUGAAGUAUUUACCACGGGUUUUGCAUCUUUGUUUUCGAACCCAGCCGUUCUUACGGUUGAAGAGAAACUUAAAUUUUCACCACAACCUGUCAAUAAACGCUUGGAACUUGGCUCCACGGCGAAAGUAUCAUGCAAGGCCCAGGGCGCCACAAACCCUACGGUAAAAUGGAUGAAGGAGGGUGAGAACGAGGAAUUUCCCAAACACGUUCAGGAUAUUAACGGCACUUUACACUUUAAUGGUGUAUUGGAGGAGGACAAAGGUCGAUACACUUGUGUCGCCAGCAACGCUCAGGGAUCCAUCAAUCACACGAUUAGUAUUGAUGUAGUUAUCGCACCAAAAUUUACGGUACAGCCGCAAAAUCCAACGGAGGCAAUUGAGGGAUAUCCGGUGAUGUUACACUGUGCUGCCGAAGGUGAUCCUAAACCAACUAUCCAGUGGGAUAAAGAUUCUCGCAUGAACAAUCUAGAUAAUCCUCGAUUCGAAGUAUUAAGUAAUGGAAGCUUGUACAUUAAAGAGGUGUAUCUUAGUGACGAGGGAAAAUACGGAUGUACUGCUGGCAAUAGCGGUGGACUAAAGCGAGAGGAAGUUCAAUUAAAUGUAAAAGCUGGAGAUAAUUAUAGAGCAGAUAUGGAUCUAGAGGCCACUGAUGAUGGUACAAUGAUGACCAAGACUGUAACGAUCACUCUCAGUGCAGCCGCAGGGUAUAUGGUGCUUGUCGUUGGUCUUAUGUUAUAUUGUCGUUAUCGCCGUCGCCGUAGGAAACAGCAAUACCUGCAGGAACAAACGGAAGAAAAAAUGGAGAACGGCGAAUUACAAGAGGAACAGACAGAGUUGAAGGAAACCGGGAAUAAAAUGAAUUCAACGAAUAAGAAGAAAGAAAACCGCGAUUCCCAUAACAAAAGUGACGGCGCGGAUACGGCUCACAGUCAGAGUAGCAAUCAAUCUAAGAAAUCCAAGUCGAAUUAUGACAAAAUCGCCGUUUCGCGAAGCAGCUUAAAAGAAUUGAAGCCUCUUGGUCGGGGUGAAUUUGGUGAGAUUUAUAGUACGAAAUAUCAGAUCGAUGGUGACAAGGAAUCCUUGGUCAUGGUCAAGAGUCUGACGAAUACGAAAGACGAGAUUGCUCUGCAGGAAUUUAAACGACAACUGGAUCUUUUCCAUAAGCUUAAUCAUGAGAACGUCGUCAAGUUGAUUGGUCUUUGUCGAGAGGAAGAACCCGAUUAUAUGAUUUUAGAACAUACUGACUGGGGCGACUUAAAACAGUUCUUGAUUGCUUCACGAAAAGAUAACAAUCCUAGCCCAACACACGAAUCGAAACCACCGCGUGCGCCUCAGCUGUCGGUGGCGCAAAUACUGUCGCUGUCGAAUCAGGCUGCGAAGGGCCUAAAACACUUAGCUGAUAAUCGAUUAGUUCACAAGGACAUAGCAGCGCGCAAUUGUUUGAUCGCCAGCAAUUUGACGAUCAAGAUCUCGCUGCCAUGUAUGACCAAAGAACCAUAUCAGCAAGAGUACAUGAAGCAUCGAAAUCAGGUAAUUCCGCUGAGAUGGCUACCCUAUGAGGCUGUAUAUGAGGACGAGUACUCCACCAAAAGUGACGUGUAUUCGUUCUCAUGCCUGGUCUGGGAGAUGUUCCACCAAGGCGAAUUGCCGUUCAUCAAAUUGAACGAUGAGUCCGUAUUGGCUCAGCUCAAAACACAAACGCUCACGUGGAAGCCGCACAAGGCGGCACCGCCAGCCCUUCAAGAACUACAAGCUCAAUGCUGGGCAAACGAUCCGCGCGAGAGACCGACCUUUGACGAAGUUGUGUUGAAAAUAGGCGAAAUUGUGGUCGACAGUUGCCUGUAAGUUAGUACCGCGAUCUAAUUGUACAAGGCUUUGAAUAUCGGAAAUACUGCAAUAGGGGUAAUGAUUGUGCGGAGCUGUGCGUCGAGAGGUAAGGCUGAUGAGCGCCGAUGAUCACGCGGUGGUGAUUCCUCCCGUGCGAGGAAGAGGAAUCCGAGAACGCCGCAAUUUCACGCGCAAAAAAAUAAUUAACCGGCUUUCAUAUUAAACGCUUCGUAUUGAUUAUAUACGCAUAAUGAAUUAUAGACAACCUUACUCUUUUGUAAAAGGAAAAUGCUUGCUCAUUAAUCAUUGAAUGCGCAAAGAUUACGUGCUUGGUGACGCCACGUGAUAUAUAGAUUUUACGCGAAAUUCAACUUUUCGCAUCGUGCGUGUCAUUUAACAACACGUCGUUGCAUAUAAUUGAGUGAGUAACAUCUUAUACGAGAGUUUUGAUAUAUUUUAUAUAUGAAGCGCGCUCGCUUCAGAGAUUCAAUUAUCGUCAUCGUGUUUUGAGCAAUCAUGAAUUUUUCUAUCGUUACACGAACAUCGUUUUCAAAAUCGCGCGAGCUAUCUCCCAUGCUGUGCGAUCAUUGAACGUUAUAUCUUAAUCUCUACUACUUCCCUGUUAUAGAUUAUCAGAUAAGGCGAUAAAAUCCAUUAGUUCCGCAAUAAUUAUUCAUAUUACAGUAUUUUGUCGCGUCCACUAGUUCGAUAAGGAAAUAAUAUUUAUUUCGAAUAGCAUUUCUCCGCUCCAAUGACUGUUCUUCUAUCGUCUGACUAAGAAACGAUCUGUAUGGGCCCAUUACAUGUUAUUACGCAAUUAAUGCAAUACUUAGUAUACAGUAUUGAUAUAAUAAUAGCUAUCAUCACCACACAUCGAAUACUCGUAAGAUACGUUAAUUGUUAGGUGAGCCGAGCCCGAAAACUGAUAACGGAAAUGUUCAUUCGAGAUUACGCGAACGGUCUCGAUUGAACAUCGGUAAUCGGACUCGGCGCUGCAAUGACAUGCAUAUUAAGAAAGUAUCACGACCAUAUCAAAUACGAAUGAAAUCUUAUCUCCGCCUAUUUACUUCUACACCGCUAAGACGUAAAAAAAAAAACUUUAUAACGUAUAUUAUUUAUAACGUAUAUAUAUAUUUAUGUGUGAUAAGAAUCGCAAUCGACCACUCGUAUUUGACGAAAAAGACGGCCUUGUACAUAUACCGAUGGUAAACAUGUAGUAGUUUUUUUGUUUUCUUUUUUAGCGCGAAAGACUUAGCGUGAAUCAUCGUGUUCAUUUUUAUUAAUAUAAUCACCCGAAUCCUCGAUGAUUUUUUUAUCAAAGAAUUUCGUAUGUAUUAAUGUCAGAGAAGUAAAAGAAUCGUGUCGCGUGCGGCUUGAUGCUGGCACGCAGAGAAAUGAUAAAGAUAAAACAGCAUAUACAGAAUGACAUUUGAAAAAACCUAUUUUUACACGCGGAAAUUAGAAUCGAUCGAUCCAGAGGUAAAGUAUCGCUCGCGAUAUUUUUGCAUUCAGGAGGUCUGUGACGGUUUGAUAAGUAGAAGCGCGAACAAUCUAUUUGACGCGAUGGUCCAAUAAGAGGAAUGUGCUGAAUAUAUAUUUGACUCUUUAUCCGAUUUAUACAACGAAUAUCAACGUUUAUACUUUAACGAUAUGUAAGUUUUAAUAUUGAUCCUAUUUUUGCAUUUAAUUAUACUGUAAGAGACUGUAAAGAAAAAGAACUCGCGAGGCAAUUACGGUGCGCACGUUUGCUUCUUCCAUUUCAUGCAAGGCUUCCGUUGAUGCUUCGUAAGCCAAGUGUUUGCAGAGUUAUAAAAAAAAAGAACUACCAGUAAAGGUAACAGCUUUUAGUCGUACGGAAUAGACAGCGUUAGAAAUGUCAAUAGAGAAAUAAUCGUGUGUUGCUAUAAUUUGGUUUGCGUUGUAUUUACGUAUUACGAUCGAUUUUAACAAUUUUCGGAAGAUUAAUGCGCGCAAAAUUAGUUUAGCUCCGUAUCGAUCGGCAAUGCGGUUUGAUAGAACUUCACAUGUGAAUGUGUAUACGAGAUGGAUUUUGAAAAGCGAAGAGUAAUUGAUAUAUUGCCGACAGACUUGUCAGUCGUUCGUCAAUGUCAAAUUUAAUCAAGAUGAAUUUUAACAGAGUAAUAUUUUUAUUAAAAAAUAACGAUUUACCGAACUGUGAAUUAAAAGCAAUCACGCAGCUUGAUUUAAUUAAAUAUAUAUGUGUCACCGGUAGUAGAAAAAAUUAAAUGCGAAAUCAAUGGGAAGAAAUAAUUAAAAAAGCGGCAGAUUUUAACACAACGAGAUUGCUUUCAUGUAUCUAUUCGUUAUUGGCAUUCUAUCCAAGAUUCUUUUGAAAAUUUCUACUUCUCGAAAAAAUUAAAUGUUUCUUCCGAGGAGCAAUUACGAGUGAAUUCCGGCUCUGUGCAUGCUAAUAUAAAUAUGAUGUAUCAUAUACGCAUAUUAGAUAUACCAAGCACUGACAUAUAACACUGCCAAUAAUAAAUAUGACUGUUCUCUAAUUUGAAGCACUCUUGUUAUGCUGAAAAAAGCGUGAGGCAAUACCACGAAGACACUUUGCUUGUGUCGUGUACUCGUGGGUGUUCCAAUUAAUGAUAUGUAAAAGCACAAAAAGUAAAUAAUCUUUCAAGGUAUCAGAUCAUCCAAGCUCGUAGUGUUUACGGGUCUACUUUUACAAUGCUUUCUAAAUGUUUGCUAUAUACGUCAAGAAAUAUCCUUGUGAACAAUUGAUAGCAUACUUAGUAGUGCGAAAUCCGUGGCAUACUUGUCAUUUAAUUUCAAAAAGAAAUUCGAUAGAUAGGAGAGCAAAGUUACUCAGAUAGAAACAUUGACGGAGAUCAGAAAUGUGUUUAAAGUAAUAAAGUAAUAUGAAUUCGAUAGUUUUGUUGAAUAGGAAUCCUUAUCUAAAAUUUGCGUCUGAAUGAAAAAAAAUAAUAAAAUUACACUUGCAAAGUACGUGAGACAGUCAUGUCGAAAUGUAAAGAAGUAUUCGUACAGCGUGUAAUAUUUUUUUCUAUUUUUGAUCCUAAAUAUUUAAGGUCAUCAUAGCUUCAUUAAUUUCAUGUUAUGACAAGAGCCUAUCGGGGCUAAAGAAACACCCUAAGUACGAGCCACUGUUUGUAACAUAAACUACACUAGGAAUAUACAUUACAGCGAUCUCUAACCCGUAAUUACGAGUAUGUAAAGUUAAGAUCAAUUAUAUCCAAGUCCUAUGUGCUCAUAUCAUUCGCUCAGAUGUUAACGACCACCACUGCCAUAAAGAAAGCAACAAGGCACACCGAUCGCUGUGCCGGCGAGUUUCGUGAGGGCUACCUAUUAUGUCCAAUAUGUCUAGUCAUAUAUACGAUGACAAAGUAAGAACAGCGUACGGGAAGCUCAUUUAAAUGACGUUCAUAUCCUUAGGCGUUCCAAAUCUAUUUCUUUUUUACAGUAUUUUGUAAAUAUUUGUACUUUUUUAUCUACGUCGUACUUAUGAAUUUUUGGAAUAGUAUGUGCUAUAAUUAAAUAAAGAUGAGAAACCAAGUACAUAAUGCGUAUCAUGAUUGUAUUUCAACCCGUAUCCUCAUCGAAACCUACUAGAACCUUAUCCUUAUGUUGAACGAUAAAAAAUGGAUGAUUUACUCAAUCUUUUACGGUUUUGACUUAAAUCUUAUAUAUAUUCGAUGAUUAUAUCUUUUAUAAUUAUACAAAUUAUUAUAGAAACUUUUUAUUUUAAAUCGAUUUGAAAUAAAAGUCGACUUAAUGUGAAUCAAAAUCAUUAUUUGAAUGUACGUAGUUAAACACUCCAGUGAAUAAAAGUAUUUUUAAAAAUACAAAGACUUGCUGAAACAAAAUAAUCGAUCCUUACAUACGCUUUCGCAUAUGUUUAAGAAGCGUCAAUGACGAAAAAAUUAAAAAAAGGAUGUAUGCUGGGUGGAAUGUAAGUGCUAAAAAAAGGGAUGGCGUAUUACCUAAUCAAAUUUAUUUUUACUUAAUAUUUCAUGGUACAGUCUAUACCUAUUAUGAUAUAUAAAAUAACGUAGUCGUCGAAUGCAAACAGGUUCAACGAAAGCAGAAACGUCGACUGAGUAGCGCCCAGGAAAGAAAGGCGAUCGAAACAUCCGAAAAUAAAACGUAUAAAUCAUCGAUGCGAACGCAGUAACGUGAGAAGUGCGUUUAGUCUUUUAAGUGUGUUUAUAUAUUUAUAUGUAAAGUCUAAAAAAGGUGAGAGGAUGAGUCACUUAAUUCUUUAGUACUUAAUUCAUUAAUACAGAAGCGUAGCAGCCUCACUCUCUAAUAGUACUAAAUAUAAUAAUGGUAUAAUGCGAUAAUUAUAUCGUUAAUAUAGAUUAUUAACAUUAUAAAUAAUAUAAUCGUCGGAAUUCGUAUAAUAAACAAUGAUACAAGGUAUUUUUGUCGUUUUAGUUUUUUUAAAUUGUUAUCAUAUAGUAAUAAUCACAAUAGCGUAUUCUGAAAAAUAGAUUAGGGUCCCGUGGGCAGAGGGCGGAGUGCCUCUUUUCUCUUCCGAACAAUUUUCUCUCCGUUUCGCUUAACUUCUCUUUCUUUCACGUUGCCCGUCGUGCCUUAAUAUUCUCCACGGGUGCCCGGAACCUAAAUUGGACGAGGAUCUCAAGAACGAUCGCAAGUCUCGGGUGCUCGCAAAGCCCGUACGGUUCUUCUCGUCUAUGUCUAAUUGCGCCGCAAGAACUCGAAGUAGCCACGAAGAAUCGCGCUGGGAAUCCUGGCGAUAUUGAACUGCAUUUCGCACAACGGUUUCGCCAUCCGCUUUUUACGUGACAGUAAAAGACAUAAUCGGGAAGAUAGAUCGCUGUUUCAUCGCUAGAAGCACACCUGUAAUGGCUUCGAAUCAUUACAUGAGUCGUUACACGAAUUGGAUGUUCCGAAGACAAUCGAGAAGACUCUCGAAUAGUCUCAACGAACGUUUGACAUAGUUUGACGACCAAAGGCCAUAGUCUCGAUGAUUUAUAACGAAUCUUCCGCGACUUUCUGACUUUCGACGCGUAUCUCGUCGAUCGAAGACCCGUACAAGUAUAUCGUCGCAUCUUCCAGGUGCUUUUCCGAUAACAAGAUCAAACUACACCCGCCUAAGUUGUUCCUUUCUCUUCCUUCCUACCUGACUUUCACAUUUCUGUUCUAGCUCUCCUUUUUUUUUCACUUUUUUUUUCAUUUUUUUUAAACCGCGUCUCUGCCACUCUGCCUAGGGAACCCACUAUAACAGGGCACUAUGAACAGCAGUCUGCUGGCUAAGUGACUUUCCGAAUCUACAAUCGUUCCUCCGCAUUCUCUCUUCUUUCUCGUUCUCUCUCACUCGAUUAAAUUCCCCUUUCUCGCCCUGUCGCACCCCCGCCUAAUCCUCCCGCACACAAAAGUUCGACCCCGUUCUCUUUAACUCCCGUUCCCCCGCUCUCUGGUUCCGUUUCUCUCUCUCUCUCUUUGGUAGCCUGUCUCUCUCGCAUUUUCUCCUUACCCUUCGUCGACCCCGCCGUAACGUUUUCCUGUCGACUAGUUUACUAAUAAAUCCCGGCUGUGCAUUUCUAUUCUUACCCUCGCGCGAGCAUGAACUUUUAGACGGAAAAACGCAAAACGUGCCGCGUCAGGCCACGUCACUCCGAGGAUUAAAAAAAAAAAAAAAGAACGCAACGCUUAACGAAAGACAACGGUUGCGCAACGGUGUAACCGCGAUGACAGAUAUUAACGGUAGAAUGAACGGAAAAGGAACCCCGUUGCACCGAGCUGCGAAGAAACGAGAAAAAUAUCGAGCUCGUGAAAAUCGCAAUAUCCGCAUCUAUGUCGAACGAACCGGGGGAUUAACCGACGUGUAACGGGCAAAAUAGCGCGGAAAGAAAGCCCUAUCUUCGUUUUCCCUGUACCCAGCAUAUCCCGGACAAGCCGAUUUAACACGUGCACGCGCUCCCAAAACUCACCCCCUUCCCCGGAUGUCCCGCGAAAAUCGCGCGACGCACCAUCCCUCGUGUCCCUUCGCAUCCGAACCCGUCACAGAAAAAUCGACAAAAGCUCCCCUUCGCCAGCAUGCUCCUCCUAUGUCAGCAUUCACACUACGUAUCAGCCAAUAGUAAACCACUACUGUACCUUUUUCGCGUUUAUGAUAUUUUAUACUUUACUUUUUUUAAUUAUUUUUUUUUGUUUGUUAAUAUUAAACGUGCCGUGUCUCUACCAUCAGCCUACUGCCAAACUACCUAUCCUCCUCGCUUCAGCCUCCUUUCUCACCCUUUCUCUCUUUCAACCGAUCUCUUCUUCCUCAAACUUCCUCUCGCUCGUGCCGCGCUUCCUCCCCUCGCCGGGUCAUUCCACACUCAUUUCUCUUCUCUCUCGCUCUUUCUCUCUCUCUCUCUCUCUCUCUCUCUCUCUCUCUCUCUCUCUCUCGCAGUUUAUAAAUAGUAUUGUAUUAAUAUCCUCAAUCUUUCGUGUGUUACAAUAUAAUAAUCGGCAAUAAUAUACCUUCAGUAAUUAAUGCAUUAUCGUUAUUAUUAGUAUCGCUCUGUCUUUCGCUCUCUCUUCCUUGCUCUUUCUUUUUUUCCUUUCCUUCUUGAUAGACCGGGUUAAUUUUUUUUUUUUUUUCGUUCAAACGCUACCGUGAAUCGCGCGAGUGUACGAA